GUCGCCGAGUCCAUUUUACACCGGCGCAGCCGGGCCGCAGUCGGCGGAGCGGUCUCCAGUUUUACAGUCAAAACCUAGGGAAAAAACCCCCGGCCUUCUCCAGAAACAUAGUAAGCGUGCCAAAAGCAUAUACUUGCUGGGAACAAAGGAUGUGAUGGAGCUGCUUGAAGAAGAUCUCACGUGCCCAAUCUGUUGCAGUUUGUUUGAUGAUCCCCGAGUGUUGCCUUGCUCACACAACUUCUGCAAGAAAUGCUUAGAAGGGCUCUUAGAGGGGAACGUGCGGAAUUCGCUGUGGAGACCAGCUCCAUUCAAGUGUCCUACCUGCCGGAAGGAAACCUCAGCUACUGGAGUAAAUAGUCUGCAGGUUAAUUACUCCCUAAAGGGUAUUGUGGAGAAAUACAACAAAAUCAAGAUUUCUCCCAAAAUGCCAGUGUGCAAAGGACAUUUGGGGCAGCCUCUCAACAUCUUCUGUGUAACUGAUAUGCAGCUGAUUUGUGGGAUCUGUGCUACUCGUGGUGAUCACACCAAGCAUGUCUUCUCUUCUAUUGAAGAUGCCUACACUCGGGAAAGGGAUGCCUUUGAGUCCCUCUUUAAGAGUUUUGAGACUUGGCGUCGGGGAGAUGCUCUCUCCCGCUUAGACACUUUGGAAACAAACAAGAGGAAAUCCCUCCAGUUACUCACUAAAGAUUCAGAUAAAGUAAAGGAGUUUUUUGAGAAGUUACAACACACAUUGGAUCAAAAGAAGAAUGAAAUCCUGUCUGACUUUGAAACUAUGAAGCUUGCAGUUAUGCAAACCUAUGACCCGGAGAUCAACAAAAUCAACACUAUUUUGCAGGAACAGCGGAUGGCCUUCAACAUUGCUGAGGCUUUCAAAGAUGUCUCAGAACCUAUUAUAUUUUUGCAACAGAUGCAGGAGUUCAGGGAGAAAAUCAAAGUAAUCAAGGAAACUCCUUUGCCACCUUCUAAUCUGCCCACAAGCCCUUUAAUGAAGACCUUUGAUACCAGUCAGUGGGAGGACAUUAAACUAGUUGAUGUGGAUAAACUGUCUUUGCCUCAAGACACAGGCGUGUUCACUAGCAAGAUUGCCUGGUACCCCUAUCUGCUGCUCAUGGUGGUAGUUCUGUUGGGUCUCCUCAUAUUCUUUGGCCCCACUGUAUUUCUGGAGUGGUCUCCACUUGAUGAAUUGGCAACUUGGAAAGACUGUCUUUCAAGCUUCAAUUCUUACGUGACUAAAUCAGCUGAUUUUGUAGAACAAUCUGUUUUUUACUGGGAACAGAUGACAGAUGGGCUUUUCAUUUUUAGUGAAAGAGUUAAAAAUGUUAGUUUGGUAGUACUGAACAAUGUGGCAGAAUUUGUAUGCAAAUAUAAACUUUUAUAAACGUCUUUCAGUUACACAGUUUCUUGAUGGGAUUGUUAGAGAACACAGGAAUAAUUCAGAUCUGAUCAAGAUUCCAGUCUGUUUCUUUUUGAAGUAAUUUCUUUAAUAAUGUCAUUUGAAGUUUAGUAGUCCUAAACCUUCCCUUCCUUCUUAAAGAUGGUUUUGAAAUAAAUAUUGUUUCUCUAAA